AUGAAUCGCACUGGAAGACCAAAAUCAGCAAAAGCACGACCACGGACGGCAGCAACAAAAGGAGGUUGGACAGAGUCGUACCUAAGGGCCCAAAUCACGGAGAAAGAACUUAAUCUUUCGAACAAGUCUCUGACUGAAAUACCACCAGCCGUCUUCCGUAUCGAGGAGGUUGAAAUCCUGGACGUGUCAGACAAUCCUCUGGGUUCUAUACCGGCUGGCAUCGCAACUCUUUCGAAUCUUAAGGAGAUGAGAGUGGCCGGUUGCCCCAUCACAGAAAUCAGCGGUUCUGUUCAAGAGUGCAAAUAUCUGAGCAAAAUCGACUUUUCAAGGAAUCCGCUGAUUGCCACAGUAACUCUCCCAGCAACAUUGAAGCGGCUGAGAUACCUUGAAUACGUUGCUUUGCGCAGUUGCAGCCUCAAGUCUCUCCCCAACAAUCUAACUCACCUGGAAACAGUUCAAACCAUUGAUCUGUCCAAAAAUGCGCUGUCUACCCUCCCAGAUGAUAUGUUCGGUCUGAAGCAACUGAAAGUCCUGAUCCUCACCGAUAACGCCUUUGAAAGCAUUCCGGAUUCCAUCAUGUCUCUCGGGCGUCUUGAGUGCUUAGAGAUGAAACGCAACAAACUCAACAACCGACGGGGAGACUUGUGGUUAAGCGUUCCUCCGAAGCUGAAGAUCUUGGAUGUGGAGGACAACUGCUCCUUGGUCUUGUUGCCAGACGGAUUUGAGCAGCUUAAAUAUGUUGAGGAACUGAAUAUCAGCUACUGUGGCAUCGAGACACUCCCGGACUCCCUUGGACGGGUAUCAUCAUUAAAGACAAUCCACCUCGCCGGUAACAAACUGCGCACGCUUCCUGACAGCUUCGGACGCCUGCGCAAUCUGGAGACCCUUGAUUUGGAAGGAAAUCGCCGUCUGACCAGUUUGCCGCCUUCACUGCACCGCUUGAGGGAACUAAGAGACAGGCAAAUUGGCAAAAAUACGGGUCUCGUCCUUAGCAACACUCCGGCACUACAGGUUCCAGACCACAAAAUUGUCAGAGAAGGUGUAGUCUCCGUACGUACCGACCUGUUGGCAGAGGAAUGCUACAACCAGGUUACAGUCACCAUAGCAACGGAGGUAAUCGACGACACAAUCAUCGACAAUCUGUCAGACGACAUUGUCACCAUCGUUGAAGGGGGGUUACCUGCUGACCUGAUGAUAUACAUGAUAGAUGUUGCAAUCGAAGAAGAAGAAUGCGCCUUCGAUUCCAUCCUUCUGGAGCUUGUGAGGGAAAUCAGCAACGAAACCGUCGACGAAGAAAAUGCUAUCUUAAAUACAAUAGCACGCCCCGUGAUGGAAGAACUUAUGGAGGAAAUCGUCAUGGCAACAGCAAAGUCAAUCGCCUUGGAAGAGGAGGAAGAGUGGCGCCUGGGGCAAACUGUUCCAGAAGAAUACGACAAGCCGUUCAGUUAUGAGAUAUCAACAGUAAAAAGCGCAGUGCAGUCCUUGGACCUUCCUGCUGGCUGCAAGUUGAGUAUUCCUCCCGGAGCUACAGAUGAAGAUACAUCCGUCAUCUCAAUGGUUUUAAACCCGCACGGGUACGACGGAACGCUCCAGCUGGAAGACAACCAGCUUCUAGUCAGCGACAUCAUCGAGAUGAGGCCAUCGGGGAUGACGUUCUACGAGCCCGUACAGCUGAAGAUUCCACAUUCUUUUCCCAAGUUUGACUGCGAAAGGGAGUACAUCGUGAUGACAUCAGAGGAUAACGGGAGGACAUGGGUGGCUUUGAAAACACUGAGCGACCAAGAACAAGGACAGAGGUUUGUUACGGUAGAGGUAACACACUUCUCUUCGUUCGCUGUGGUGGCGAGGCCAUUGGAGCACUGUCACAGAGUCACAAAGGGGGAAGCGUCAACGCUGACGUCAUCAGAACAGACGGGAAUCAAACUGAUCCUUCUCGAGGACAGCAUCCCAGAAGAGAAAGACAUCUCGUUUAACGUCACGCCAGUCGACGGAGACACCCUUGCACGCGCAGGGCUAGAUGAUCCCCAAAUCAUGGGAGGAAUCGACGGCAUGAGCCACAUCGUCAACUUUGUCAAAGGCAGCAACCUGCUGUUGAACCGCCCCGCUACUAUCAUGCUGCCGCUGUCGCCUGGUGCAGAAGACGGCCAAGUCCGCGUUCUCAGCUGUAACGAUAGAGGGCAAUGGGAAGAUAUCACCAGUCAGGUGGAGGAUGUCGUGCUGCAGGAGACAAAGGUGGCUUUCAAGACAGACCGGCUCAGUUCUGGGUUUGUUGUGCUUCGCUGCGGCGACGGCUCGGAUGCGACUGGAGUUGUCAACCUCGUCACUAAAAACGUUCGCGCCCGACACGUCAGAACUGUCAUCUUCAAGAAGUGGAUCGAACCUCGAGAGUUGGGGAAGAUGACCGCCCGGAUGGAGUGUGUGCUGGAAGAAUCCGUUCAAGACCGCAUCUGUCGCACCAUCAACGAGGAGAAAUACGAGCUACAGGAAGGUACACCUACUCCUCCAGUGUCCAUGGUGGAAAACGAGACGUUCUGCGCACUUUUCCACGGGAACAUCCAUCCUGACGUGGAGAUGGUGAACGACAUGUACGGCGUCAACUUCACGUUCUACUGUGAGAGAACGCGCAGGCUUGAGUUCGACGUGAAGGUAGAAGAUAUGGGGAGGGAUGCCUUCUCAUUGGUCGAGCUGUACCCCGGCCCAAGGGAGAUGAUUCGUCCUUUUCGUCCUGGAGAGAUAGCUCGACCUGCAGAACCUCUCACUUUUGCAGAAAUAUCUGUACCUACGGGGCCAAACUGUGACUACUGGUUGGCGUGCCAGCGGUUCAAGAACACUUUAGGAAUUGAAGAUACCUACUUUUCUCCUGACCACGACAAGUGUUUCUGUGAGACAUGUCACCGAGACCGGGGGGAGCCGGACUUUUAUCUGCGAGGAAACCCGGAGAAGAAGUACGCGGUACCAGUUGGUUGGGCCAGAUUUGGUCUCAGCAUAAAUCCAUCCUUCAGGGAUGCGGACCUCAACGUGUUUACCAACUGGCACCGUGCGUACCACGGGACAAAGCAAGAUGUGGUGACGAGAAUUCUACAAGGGAGCUCAAUGCUUCUCAUGCCAGGAGACGUACCGCUAGGUGGCGGUAUGUUAAGAGUGAGACCGGGCCACAUCACUCCUGAUGUCUCCCCACGCGGGUUCGACACCGUACAAGUGUUCGUGUCGCCGAGCAUCGUGUACUCUGGGCUGGAUGCAUACGCUAGUCCCCAGAGCUAUGAGAUCGGACCGGAGACGGUGGGUGCCAGGAGGAGGGGCGAAACAAUCGACCCACUCUUCAGUAACCAUGAGCUGGAAUGGUCCACUAGGGAAAGAGGAGGCCAUGUUACACCAGUUGACAGUGCAGCCAUGAAUCGUGCUGGACUGACAGAUGCAGGCCGUAUGAGCGGAAUGGACAGUAUGAGUCACAUUGUCAGGAUCGUCAAAGGCAGCAAUCUGCUGUUGAACCGCCCUGCCACCAUUUGGCUACCCCUGUCACCCGGAAAGGAGGACAGCAAAGUUCGUGUUCUGAGUUGCAAUAAGAAAGGGAACUGGGAAGAUGUCACCGACAAAGUAGAUGAUGUCGUCCUGAAGGAGUCAAAGGUGGCUUUCAAGACGUUCACGCUCAGUUCUGGGUACACAGUGAUUUGCUGCGACGAUAGCUCCGAUGCCUCUGGGAUGGUCAACCUUGUGGCCAAUAGCGUUCGUGCCAGACACGUCAGGACGGUCAUCUUUAAGAAGUGGAUGGAACCUAGAGAGAGGGGCAUCAUGAAGGCCCGGAUGGAGGCGGUACUCGAGGAGUCCGUUGACGAUCGAAUUACCUGCGCCAAAGUGGACAAGUACGAGUUGCAGGAGGGAACGCCAACCCCUUCAGUGUCCAUGCUGGAAAACGAGACAUUCUGCGCACUAUUCAACGGGAAUCUCCUUCCCGAUGUUACCAUGGUCAACAACCAAUAUGGGCAGAACUUCAAGUUCUACUGCGACAGGACGAACAGGUUGGAGUUCAACUUAAAACUAGUGGGCAAGAGCAGAGUUGUCCGUUCAAGGGUUCACAUAUUCCCGGGGCCGAAAGAGCUGUAUCAUCCGUGUGAGCGCGGCGAAACUGCUGCAACGCCACUUGCGACGGCGGAAAUAACUGCACCGACUGGUAACAUCUGUGAUUACUGGUUGGCCUGUAGGCGCUUCAAGAAAACACUGGAAAUAGAAGAUAGUUAUUUCAACCCUGAUGAAGACAGAUGCUUCUGUGAGAAAUGUCACAAAGAUCGUGAAGAAAAUGACACGUACUUCCGGGGCAGACCAAAGAAGAGGUACGCGCUCCCUGUUGGCUGGUGCAGAUUUGGUCUCAGCUUGCAGCCAACCUUUCGGGAUCAAGAGUUGAAUGUGUUCGGCACCUGGCACCGUGCGUACCACGGGACAAAGCAAGAUGUGGUGAAAUUGAUUCUGAAAAACAGUUCCAUGCUUCUCAUGCCCGGAGACGUUGCGAUGGGUGGUCAUCAGUUAGGAGAGAGACCAGGUCAUUUCAAUGCUGACAAGAAACCGGAAGGUUUUGACACUGCGCAAGUGUUUGUGUCACCAAGCAUCGUGUAUGCUGGUUUAGAUCAGUAUGCUACUGCUAAAAGGUUCAGAGACGAGCAUGACGGUAAGAUGUACAAAGCCCGUGUGGCCUUCCAGCUGUGUAUCCGGCCGGGCAGCUACAAGGUCGGACCGGAAACGGUGGGUGCUAGGAAAAGGGGCGAAACUAUUGACCCACUAUUCAGUAACAACGAGCUGGAAUGGUCCACUGUGGAAAGAGGAGGGCAUGCACUCUACGGACUACUUGUCAAGUUGGAGGAACAGUAG